UAAGUCUCGUAAACUACUAGAAUACUGAGGAUUACUAAUUCUUUACAAUGUCCGCAAACAUGAAUGGCGACAUCAUGAAAGCUGUUAUUUUAAUUGGAGGGCCUCAUAUAGGUACACGUUUUCGCCCGCUCUCAUUUGAAGUCCCAAAGCCUCUGUUCCCUGUUGCUGGUUGCCCCAUGAUACAGCAUCACAUUGAGGCCUGCCUUAAAUUUCCAAGUAUCAAGGAGAUAUUGAUCAUUGGGUUCUAUCAGAGGUCAAGAGAAAUGACACGAUUCCUCUCUGAACUUCAGAGAAAGCACAACAUUACCAUUAGGUAUCUCCAAGAGCAUUGCCCACUGGGUACUGGAGGCGGCCUCUAUCAUUUCAGGGAUCAGAUACUCAGUGGGGGAGUCUCGUCUUUUUUUGUAUUUAAUUCCGACGUGUGCUGUGACUUCCCCGUCAAAGAAAUGUACGCCUUUCACAAAGAGACUAAAGGCUGUGUGAUAUUAGGAACCAAAGCGAAUGAAUCUCAGUCAGUCCAUUAUGGCUGUAUUGUAGAGGAUCCUAAAACUCACAAAGUUUUGCAUUAUGUGGAGAAGCCAGAGACUUUUGUGAGUGAUCUCAUCAACGCUGGUGCUUAUUUAUUCACUCAAGAUAUAUUUCAAUUGCUUGGAGAUGCUUUCCAAUGUAACUAUAAUGAAAUGAAUGGUACUCAUGAUAGUUGCGAUGCUAUUGAUCUUGAACGUACAGUGUUAAAAAAGCUUGCUGCAGGCGGUAAACUGUACCUUUUCAUGAACACAGGUUUCUGGAGCCAAUUCAAGACAGCUGGCAAUGCUAUAUAUGCUAACAAGCUUUAUCUCUCCCUUUAUCGUAAAGCUGAUCAUUUCCUGGAGCGUUUGGCAUCAAGCAAUGAUGAUAUUGAGUCACCAGUUAUCAUUGGAGAUGUGAGAAUACACUCAACAGCAGUAGUGCACCCAACUGCAGUGUUGGGUCCCAAUGUAUCAGUAGGGCCUGGUGUUACAAUCGGUGCUGGUGCGAGGAUUAAAGAAGCCAUUAUACUUGACAGAGCUGAAAUUAAAGAACACAGUUGCAUAUUGCAUUCGAUUGUAGGAUGGGAGUGUGAGCUAGGGGCGUGGUCACGUGUGGAGGGUUACCCAUCUGAUCCUAAUCCGAAUGAUCCAUUUGGUAACGUUCCUAAGGAAUCACUUUUUAAUGAAGACGGGCGACUCAAUCCAUCUAUUACCAUAUUAGGUCAAGGGGUUCGUAUUGAUUCUGAAGUGAUGAUUUUAAAUUCAAUUGUGCUGCCGCAUAAAGAUAUUGGAUCUUCUUACCGGAAUCAAAUCAUAAUGUGAUCAUUUGCUGCAAUAGCCUAUACUUUCUCAUCUCUUUUUUUUCUCAUUGGCUGUCAGCAACUUGUUCAUUUUAUAACAAAAAUGUAAAAAAGGUUUUUGAAAACAUUUUGGACGGAAUAAAGUUGUUAAAAUAAUUGUAAAAAAUAUUUUUAAAAAUAUAUAAAUAAUAUAAUUGCAAGUUUCGGUGAUAAAUAAUAUAUUGCACACAGAAA